UUUUAUUUCAACCGCGAAGCGUUAACAUCCCGAAAAAAUAUUCAUUUUGAUAUGAGCGGAGAAAAGUUAGAUGCGAUUAUUUUCGGUGCUACGGGGUUUACGGGGCAAAUUGUUGUGGAGGAUGCCAUUGAAAUAUUCAAAGAUUUAAAAUGGGGUAUUGCGGGUAGAAAUGAGAAAAAACUCAAAGAAUUGUUGGAAAAAAUUGGCAAACGAGCCAAUACUGAUCUAAGUCAGAUUCCAGUUGUUGUAGCGGAUGUUGGUGAUGAAAAGUCCAUUGAGAAUAUGGCAAAAAAUUGUAAGAUAGUCCUUAAUUGUUGCGGCCCCUAUCAACUGUACGGUGAAAUUGUUGUCAAGGCUUGCGUAGAAGCCGGAACUCAUCAUGUGGAUCUGAGUGGUGAGCCGCAAUACAUUUCAGCGAUGCAAUUGAAAUAUCACGAAUUGGCACAAUCUAGUGGAUCGUACGUAAUAUCGAAUUGUGCCUUUGAAAGUAUUCCUGCUGAAUUGGGUGUCCUAUAUGCUGAGGAGAAUUUUCCUGGUAAGUUGCAAUAG